CGCGCCGGAGACCUGGGGUUGGGCAGCGCCCAGUUCCGUGCAACUUUCAAGUGAGUUGCAAACUCCGCCCCGAAGCCGGUGCCGGUAGCCCGGCGCACUGAGGUCCCGGGGACCCACACGAAGCGCAGACUGCGACCAGCCACCCCUGGCCUGGGACCCACAGCGCCCCUGGCAAGGGCCGAACGGUUCGUUCUCCGGAGCAGGAAGUGCGGGUCAGAGCUGUAACUGCCAAAGCGGCGCGGUGGGGCGGAAGAGCGCGCUGGCGGGUACCGGCUCCCGAGUCGGUCCUGCCUGCCCCGGCCCGCUCAUCUCCCCUUUCUUCAGGCUCUCCGCGCCGCGGAGUUAGUGCGGGCUCCGCCUCCACAAGGGGCAAUCCUAGCGCCCCUGUGGUUCCUACACCCCCACCGUGGCGUGAGCGUCCCUCUGGUCGUCUUCCUGGAGGGAUCUCCCUUCGCUCCCAAGGCUGCAGAAUGGUGUCCUGGAUGAUCUGUCGCCUGGUGGUGCUGGUGUUUGGGAUGCUGUACCCAGCUUAUGCUUCCUACAAGGCUGUGAAGACCAAGAACAUUCGUGAAUAUGUCCGAUGGAUGAUGUACUGGAUCGUCUUUGCACUCUUCAUGGCGGUGGAGACCUUCACGGACAUCUUUGUUUCCUGGUUCCCUUUCUACUACGAGAUCAAGAUGGCAUUUGUGCUGUGGCUGCUUUCACCCUACACCAGGGGGGCCAGCAUGCUUUACCGAAAGUUUGUCCACCCAUCCUUGUCUCGCCAUGAGAAGGAAAUCGACACCUACAUUGUGCAGGCCAAGGAGCGCAGCUACGAGACGGUGCUCAGCUUCGGGAAGCGGGGCCUCAACAUUGCUGCCUCUGCUGCUGUGCAGGCUGCCGCUAAGAGUCAGGGUGCACUGGCCGGGAGGCUGCGGAGCUUCUCCAUGCAGGACCUGCGAACCAUCCCCGAUGGCCCCGCCCCCACCUACCAGGAUCCCCUCUACCUGGAGGACCAGGUACCCCGCCGCAGGCCACCCAUCGAAGUGGUCCCCCAGCCACCAGCCCGGCCCCGAGAGAAGCCGCUGGGCCGUAGCCAGAGCCUGCGUGUGGUCAAGAGGAAGCCUCUGGCCCGGGAGGGCACCUCGCGCUCCCUGAAGGUUCGGACAAGGAAAAAGACCACACCCUCAGACAUGGACAGUUAGGGUCUGCAGAGCCAGGCCGGGUCUUACCUCCUGCUCUGCGGGGCGCUGGGGCCCUUCCGAGGGGCUUCUGGCUGUGCUCGCAGCCCUCCUGGCCCUCCUGGCUCUUGCUGACGGUUCCUGGCCACAUGCAGGGCC